AUGAACUCUGAACUACUAGGCCAGUCAGCUGAUGGUUCACGACCAGGCGACUUGGUUGUAAGACUUGCCAAGGUCAAAUAUUUGUUGUUCCACUUCAAAUAUUACAUGCUUUGUUUGCUUAGCUUCCAUACCAUUGAAUAUUGUUGUUCCACUUCCAACGACACAGACCCCUGGAACUAUCUUGACUCUUACUGUGGAAAUAUUACAUACAAUCCUAACAGUCCUUCCGGCAGCAUUUACAGAGCCAAUCUGAAUUUCUUGCUUUACAAUCUGUCUUCGCAUGCAUCUCGGACAGACAACAAUGGCUUCUAUAAUUUCAGUACUGGCGAUGACCCUUCAAACAAGGUCUAUGGCCUCUUUCUCUGUCGAGCUGCUAUUGUUUGGUAUGACGAGUGCUUGGUACGUUUUUCUGACCAGACGAUCUUCUCCAAGGCUGAUUUGGGAGAGAAUGUGACUAGGCGCAAUCCAUUCGAUGUCCCUGGACCUGACUGGGACAAAUUCAAAAUGGUAUUGAUCAAUUUGUUGCAUAACGCUGCGGAUGAGGCUGCAAAUCAUACCAUGGGCAAAAAGUUUGCUGUCCAAGAAGGCAAUUAUUCCACUGAUCAAAAGAGAUUGUAUACCCUUACGCAGUGCACACCAGAUCUAUCCCCUUAUGACUGCAAAAGUUGCCUCAGAGAGGCUAUAAUGGAUGUACCCGCGUGCUGUUCCAAGAAGCAGGGAGGGAGAGUACUUUAUCCAAGCUGUAAUCUGAGGUAUGAGGUCUCCAGCUUCUAUGAUAAUGUAUCCUCUGCCUCGCCAAACUCUCCUGGCGGUCCUCCUCCUAAUUCCACUGAAGGCAAAGGGCGAAGCCCCCCGCGAGCAGCUUUUUCAAUUGCUGUCCCAUUAAUUGGGGUUGCUGUUGUGCUAUUUGUCAUGGCUUUAGUUUUCCUGAAAAGAAGAUUGCGGAAGAGUCGUUGCAAUGGCACCGAAACAAGUGGUAAAGUUUAUUGA